GAGAGAGAGAUGGCGGGUUGUAAAUCGCUCCCCAAAUCCGCCACAUGCACUCACUCAUCUGUCUAUCCGUCUGUCUGUCCGUCUGUCCAUCUGUCUUUCCCUUCGUGCAUGGAUAAAACAAUUGAGAACUAAUGUUACUCGAGUUGAAAGCAGCGUCAAAUCCUCAAAUCUACGAGGAAAACAACAACAGCAGAGAUACAGAUACAGUCACCAUCGUGACGAUCGACAAGAACAGCAACAACAACAACAACAACAACAACGACAACUGCUACAAGAACGGAGCCAGAAAACGCAGCAGCAAAAUAACAUGAACAAUAACAACAACACCAAGAAAAACAACCAAUACCGAAAAAUCCAACAAACGAACGAACGCUUCAGCGACUAAAGACAAUAGCUAUAAAACGCAAAGAUACUGACGAUACUUGUGUCUCUCUCUAUAUAUAGCUAUAUAAAUACAUAUAUUUCGAAGACAGACAGAGAGAAAGAGAGCAAGCAGAUCAUUCCCUUGGUAACUGAUCAGAAAAACUGAUUUAUUUGAAUGCUAACUUUGUUUAAAUCACAAUCUAUCGAUUACAUCUUCAAC